UCGGGCGUAAAAAGCAUGGCAGAUGAGCAAGAAAUAAUGUGCAAACUCGAGAGCAUCAAGGAGAUCAGGAAUAAGACUUUGCAGAUGGAAAAAAUAAAAGCAAGACUGAAAGCAGAGUUUGAAGCCCUGGAGUCUGAGGAGAGGCACCUGAAGGAAUAUAAACAGGAAAUGGACCUGCUGCUGCAAGAGAAGAUGGCCCACGUGGAGGAGCUGCGACUGAUCCACGCUGACAUUAAUGUGAUGGAGAACACUAUCAAGCAGUCUGAGAAUGAUCUUAACAAGCUUUUGGAAUCUACUCGCCGGCUCCACGAGGAGUACAAGCCCCUAAAGGAGCACGUAGAUGCCUUGAGAAUGACUCUGGGGCUGCAGAGACUGCCAGACCUAUGUGAAGAGGAAGAGAAACUGUCCCUUGACUACUUCGAAAAGCAGAAAGCAGAAUGGCAGACAGAACCACAGGAGCCACCCAUCCCCGAGUCUCUGGCUGCAGCUGCAGCAGCUGCCCAACAGCUGCAAGUGGCCAGGAAGCAAGAUACCAGACAGACAGCAACUUUCAGACAGCAGCCACCUCCAAUGAAGGCAUGUUUGUCGUGUCACCAACAAAUCCAUCGGAACGCGCCCAUAUGUCCACUCUGCAAAGCAAAGAGCCGAUCCCGGAAUCCCAAAAAGCCCAAGAGGAAACAGGAUGAAUGA